AUGAAAGCAAUUUUGUGUGGAGGUCCAUGGGUAAUUGCUGGGCAAUACCUGGUUAUGCAACGUUGGAAGCCUGGUUUUGACCCUCAGGUAGAACAAGUGACAAGGAUGACUGUAUGGGUUCGUGGGAAAUAUGCAAGGGUGUGUGUUGGGAUAGACCUAACCCAACCUCUGGAAGCCUUUGUUCAAGGGGAGGAUAACUGGUAUGGCUUGGAAUAUGAAGGCAUUCAUUUGGUGUGCUUUGCUUGUGGGUGUUAUGGUCCUAAUAAAAACGUUUGCCCCUCGGUGAUUAAGGCUCCUCAUACUGAUAAUGUCCACAAUAUUAUCCAACCCAUGGAUGAAGUGGUCCUGAGUGGUUCUCCCCUCCCUGUUAAUGAGGCUAGCUCUUCUAUUAAGCCUCAGAUUGAUCCCCAUGAGGCUAAGAACACCUUGAUAGGACCUUGGAGCCUGGUUCAGAGUAGGAAAGGUAAAAAGCCUUUUAAGGCUAGUGUUGACUCAAAGGCUAAGAAGACUGCUCCAAAGAAAAAUGAGGUUCAAGAUGAACGCGUGCUUACCCUUCUUGGUCAAGUUAUUGAGGAAGUAACCCAAAUGCAGACUCAGCCAAAAAAUGGGUCUACUAAACCUUCCAAGUCCAAGGGUCAGAAUAAGUCUAAAGGUAUAUCUCGCCAGGCUCUGGCUGAUACUUCGAAUAAUGGUGUGGUAAAAAAUACCCAGAUUGGUUUUGAGAACAAUAUUUCUUAUCCCUCCACUACCAAAGUUGGCUUCAAUGCUCGUUCUAAUUCUAAGAGAAAAUUAAAAGGUGUUGUGUUUGGAAAAUCGAUAGGAUUUCAAGUCAGGCGUAUUGAUUUUCAAGACGCCACGUUGGGAGACGUUGUGGCAAGUUUGAAAUCGAAGCUCUCUCCUAACUCUGGUAAGUUUAUUCCUCCUAUUUUACCUGGGGUUGAGCCUCCUGACCCAGGCCCUUCUGAAGAUAAAAUGGAUGAUAUUCCAGGAGAUGAGAUGGAUGAUGACCAUGGGGAUAACUCUGCCCCUCAUAUUACAAUUAAUUUGGAUGCUGCUAGACUAAAAAAAGCUAUGCUAAAUGUUAAAAAUGGAGUUGUUGGUGCUGCUUAA